AUGGUGUGGGAUUGCGUCUUGGUUCCGUUUGGUCGCGACGCCAAUUCUGUAGAAAACGGCACGUUAGGUUUCGAUGACUCUUACAAGAAGUUUACAACAUGCAACAAAGGGUGCUCGCAAAUCGUUAGACUGGGUACCGGACUUCGAUGCCGAAAGAGUCUAAGCCUGACCCCCUGUCCCAACGUCUACAUCUAUAUCGGUACUCCUACCCUUUUCCCUUUCCCUUCUAGCCUCAUCCCCUCUCUUCACAGAUGCGAAUCUACCAAACGUCCUCUACCAGCCCUCUCUUGGAGCUCCAAACCCUCCUUAAAGAACUUGAGAUGGGAUGGAAACGACAUCCUUCUCUCCGCAUCCCAACCUGCCUAUCAUCCUCCUACUGCUCCCAGUCCGGUGCCGUCCCCUCACUGGUUCAGUCGUUCAGCUCUACAUUCAUUGAUCCGCGUCCACCCAUCUCAACUUUCUCUUCGCUUCGUCCUUGCGCCUCUUCUACAUCACCCAUCUCAUCUUCAGAUUUCGGUCCAUCUUCGCGAUUCAGAACUUUACCGCGAACGACGACGAGCUGUCCCUUCCUUGUCCGCAGUUCAAUUCCCGCAGAGCAGCCAUCAAGCCACUCGUCAUUGCCAAGCACAAUGGUUCGCCGCAAACGUCCUCGUUCAACGACAGAUCAUAGGGAGGGAGCGCUAUCAGUUGACUGUCACUGGUGCUACUGCUAAGCAACAGGCUAGAAAGGAGUCGAGCACAAAUCCAACGAAGAGGACCAACUCGUCCGGGGGCCGUUCAGAGCGGUUGCACCAAGGUGGUUCUAAGGCCUCGAGGGGCUGGCUCUGUAGCGCCCAUGGUGGGAUGUCGGCCAUAUUCCUCCUCUCAGCUUGGGCAUUUGCCCAGUCUUUCUUCGAUCUCACGGCGCUCACUGGCAUCUCCAACUAUGACAGCAUGUCACUCACUUCCACCAGGCAUGCACAUGGCCUGAGACAAUCGAGAGCGCGUGCAGCUGCCUCCGACGUCGCCAUGCGCGCCUUCAAAGCCGAAGCCCUCGCAAGCAACGCGAGCUUCCUGCAGAGGCUCGACCCCGACGGCUGUCUCCACGUCUCCCACAACUUCCUCAACUACCAGACCUACCCAGGUUAUGACAAUUCAAUCGGAAUCAGCGGACCAGGGCCAAACGGGUACAGGAUGUUCAGCUCAACAUCCGAUAUCAACGACCCAAACACCGAAAGUCGGCUUCGCAAUGAUUUCGUUUUCAAUGAUGGUAGCGCUCCCUACACAGCCCCAGACAGCGGUAAAAACUCCAAUGUCGUCCUCCGCGAAGAGCUCUGCGUCGUCGGUCCCCUCGACCCCAACGGCAGCCACUACCACAACUGCGAUGAGAUCGACAUCGCCGAGAUCUACGGUGGCGGGAACAACCAAGCCGAGUUCACAUUCUACACCGGCUCUGGCUCGUACAUCCCUGGCAAGCCACCCCAGCGCCAGGGCGGUGGGGUGUACACUGACACCACCAGUGGCGCGGCUGGCCAACAGUUUUACGAGUACCAGUUGUAUUUGGAACAGGGGAAGUAUCUCACGUUCACUAUUGCGGAUGUGAAGACUGGGCAGACGAUUGGGAAGCGGGAUUAUGGGCCUCCAGGUAUCCCAUCCAAGCCGUUGAACUUUUUCAUGGGAGAGUACAAUUGUGCAGCGAGCAGGCCUGAUGCUAAAAAUUACUGCGGGGGGCCUUACAAUGGUAAUUCGUUCAUGGAGAUCGGAAGCAUCUUAUAUCGUACCUGCGACUGA